AUGGGAAACGCUCAAAUCAAGCUCCUCUUCCCCGGCCACGACAUCCCCUUCACCGUCCCGUUCCAUCACUCCUCCGAACUCAGCGACAAGAUCAACAGGAUCCUCGCGGACCUCGGCCCCAGCACCAACCUGAAAAAGGGCGAGUGGCUCCUGGCAGACGUGGCGGGCGCAGAGCUGCUGCAUAAUACGUGUUUGGCGAGGGUGAAGAGUGAUAGGACGUAUCUGGUGGUGGAUAUAAAGGAGGCGGGGAAGGUGAAGGUGGCCGGGGCGGCGACGGCGACAGGGACGGAGGUGGCAACGGGAGAGGCGGUGGGGAAGGGGGUCGGGCCGCCGCCAGGGUAUGAGGGGUAG